AUGCAUUUCUUAUUCUUGUCUUUCAUUGCAGCAGCGGUAUGGGGCUUCGCACAAGCCAGGGUUGUACCGGCUUCGCAUUUGCUUCAUGAGAAGCGAGAGCAUGCCGGCACUGGCAAUUGGGUCAAGCGAGCGCGAACAGCACCGCACGUCAAGGUGCCAGUGAGGAUAGGUCUCAGGCAGAAUCAGUAUGCGCUCAGUCAAGCGCAACAAUGGCUCAUGAACGUCUCGCACCCCGGAAGCGAGAACUACGGCCAGCACUGGACCCAGGAGGAUGUCAUUAAUACAUUCGCGCCAUCGGAUGACAGUACGGUAGCGGUGAAAGAGUGGUUGGCAACUGCACUCCCAAGCAGAGAGAUCACGCAUACCAAGAAUAAAGCUUGGCUAGCAUUCGAUGCUACGGUUCAAGAGCUGGAAAACCUCGUCCACGCUGAAUACUACGAGCACCAUAAUGGCGAUCGCGCAAUGAUUUCCUGCGAAAAAUACCACGUCCCGGCCUCAGUCAAGGAACAUAUCGAUUACAUCACGCCAGGAGUAAAGGGCGUGCAUUUUGAGUCAAAGGAUCUGAAGAAGCGCAGCCGGAGGCCUAACCAGGACGGUUCCGGGUAUGCGAGUCGGAAUGGCCGGCAACCCCCGCAGAUACGGCCGGCUAUAAACACUCCUUUGCAACAAGAUCAGUUGGAUACCUGCGAUCAAAUCAUUACACCAGCCUGCUUGCAGGCAUUGUACGAUUUCGAGCCGCUACCGCCUAACGCGACGAUUAGUCCGAACAAUUCGCUGGGCGUCUUCGAAGAAGGUGAUUACUACUCGCAAGCGGACCUUGACAGCUUCUUCACAAACUUCACAUCAUACAUCCCGAAUGGCACUCACCCAGUGCUGGACUCCAUAGAUGGCGGCAUGGCUCCCGUGGUCAUAAGCUUGUCUGGUGGCGAAAGCGAUUUGGACUUCCAGCUUGCUAUCCCCGUCAUCUAUCCGCAGACAACCACGUUGUUUCAGACGGAUGAUACGUACUAUGGUCUGCAGUUAGAUCCCAACGUAACUGGGAUAUUCAACACUUUCUUGGACGCUAUCGAUGGGUCGUACUGCACUUACAGUGCCUAUGGCGAGACCGGGGACGACCCGAUUUUGGAUCCUGUGUACCCAGAUCCUAACCUGCCGCCGCCGAACGGAUACCAGGGCCAAAGGCAAUGCGGUGUCUACGCGCCUACCAAUGUCAUCUCGAUCUCGUACGGGGAGCAGGAGGAAGACCUUCCGGCGUAUUAUCAACAGCGCCAGUGCAAUGAGUUUCUCAAGCUCGGUUUACAGGGCGUUUCGAUCUUUGUCGCAAGUGGAGACACUGGCGUUGGUGGGCUAGCAGGACAUGGCUCGGCAAACGGCUGCCUACGAAAUGGAACUGUCUUCUCGCCUACACAUCCUAACAGCUGUCCGUGGUUGACGAACGUCGGCGCAACGAAAGUGUAUCCCGGGCGUACGGUCUACGAGCCAGAAUCUGCGGCCAACGAUCCUGCAGGCCAUCCAUACCACAAUGCGUUCUCUUCUAGCGGAGGCUUCUCCAACAUCUUUACUGUUCCCGAUUACCAGGCUUUCGCUGUCCAAACGUACUUCGCCGACCAUAAUCCACCGUACCCAUACUACAACGACGGUCAGUACAACACUAGCGAUGGGCUUUACAAUCGCAACGGCCGCGGAAUCCCUGACGUUGCGGCAAACGGCGACAACAUUGCAGUCUAUGCCAGAGGUAGACUCGCCACUCAAGGAGGCACCAGCGCUUCGGCGCCUAUCUUCGCGGCACUCGUCACGCGUAUCAACGAAGAGCGAAUCAGUGCCGGCAAGGGCCCGAUCGGCUUCAUCAACCCCGUACUCUAUCAGCACCCGGAGAUCCUGAACGAUAUAGUCAAUGGCACGAACCCAGGGUGUGGGACUUCCGGCUUUGAUGCCGUGCCUGGGUGGGACCCUGUCACUGGCCUAGGGACGCCUAAUUACCCGAAGAUGUUGAGCUUGUUCAUGAGCCUGCCAUGA